AUGACCCAAAACGUGAUCUAUUCUUUUAAAUGUCAUAUGACGGUGAAUCAGGAACACAUAAAUUCAUUGCUGCUAUUUUAUCUCUCUGUUCCCGAUACGCAAAUCAUUUCCAUCCAAUGCAACCACACCAACAACUUCUCCUACGCUAAAUACCAGCCAGCGCAUUCUGUUGCACGAAAUGGAGAGGGGUGGCCGUACACCCAUGAUGUAUUCGCCGUCCAUAAUUCUACGACCCAAGCUUGCUACCCAAUUUUGCAUCUGAAACUUCUCAUUCUGGUCAAGUACUCCCAGAAGCGACUACAAAAUCUUCAAACAAACCAAGCACGACCGCUCUUUUCGACCCAACAGCAUGUUGUAUACAAAUUUGAAGAGACAAGGUUUAGUCAAAGACACGAAAAAGCAUUCUUCGCUGGCAUUAAGCCGCAAUGCCACACGAGCUAAGUUUAAACUUUACACUUCUGCUUUACUUCCCAUUCUGGCGGUCCUCUACAAUAACAAUUACCUAUUCCAAUGUCAAUACCCGAGAACAGAUAGAUUCAUUCCGAGCAAGUUAUCGGUUUUCUGUACAUGUUUAAUUGGAUCCCCACUAAUCAAACCAUUCUCCGUAUUUCCGUCAUCCACUCGGUGUCUCCCCUCAGUAACAUCUCCGCUCUUGAUCCGAUUCGAGGCGCGAACCAGAAAACCUGGCCAGAACUUCUAAGCCCAUCUGAUCAUUCACCGUUCAAGGCAGGCUUCAAUGGCGGCGCCUGCUUAUUAGUAGGCCCUUGUCCUGACUUGCCUAGUUCCCUCUGCCCGCAAACUAUUCUAAUUUUAGCUCCCUUC